UUAAAAUAAAAAUACUCGGAAAUAGAACUGUCAAGGAACUAAAUAACAAAACACGUUUUGGUUGAAACAAACAUGGCGGAGAACAUGGACCCACCAAAAAAUGAAGGUACGUGCGACGAGACGGCUACAAAUGGAGAAAAGAACGCUACUGAAGGGAGCAGUACAGCGCAAACUAAAAUAGGUCCUGCCGAUGAUUUAGAGGAACAACCUUCAACCAGUCAGCAAGGAGCAAUAGGCGGAGCAGAUGAUGGAGGGAAAGACAAGAAGAAGAAGAAGAAGAAAAAGAAGAAGGGAGAUGGGGCUUCAGGGGGUGCCUCAGGAGGGGUGGACCAGAUUGAUGCCCGGCUAAGUCAGAAUCCUCAAAUAUCCAUGUCAAAGUUAAAAGCUGCCAUGGAGUUGUUUGUACCUCAGGGCCCUGCUAAGAAUAUGGAUGAAGCCAAGAAAAAGACCUACAACUUCUGGGAAACACAGCCUGUUCCAAGUUUGGAGGAGACCGUUUCCGUUGAAGUAAAUAAAGCAGUUGAAGCAGACAAGACUGAUAUUAGGAAGGAGCCCUACUCGUUACCACAGGGAUUCUCAUGGGAUACUCUAGAUAUACAUAGUGAAGUGGAGCUCAGAGAAUUAUACAACCUCUUGAAUGAAAAUUAUGUUGAAGAUGAUGACAAUAUGUUCCGUUUUGAUUACUCUGCCGAAUUUCUUCAGUGGGCCUUAACGCCACCAGGUUGGUUAAGGGAAUGGCACUGCACAGUACGGGUUGAUGCAAACAAGAAACUAGUUGGGUUCAUUAGUGCUGUACCGGCAAGGAUAAAGGUCAAUGGCAAAAUUGUAAGAAUGGUAGAAAUCAACUUUCUGUGUGUUCACAAGAAGCUGAGGUCAAAGCGUGUUGCACCUGUACUCAUCCGUGAGAUCACGAGGAGGGUCCAUCUCCAGGGUAUAUUCCAGGCCGUCUACACAGCUGGCGUUGUUCUUCCCAAGCCUGUCUCAACGUGCAGAUACUGGCAUAGAUCACUAAACCCUAAGAAGCUAGUAGAGGUCAAGUUCUCUCAUAUAGGUCGCAACAUGACGCUACAGAGGACGAUUAAACUCUACAAACUUCCAGAGGAAACAAAAACGCCUGGGCUGCGUCCCAUCCAGCCACAGGACAUGGAGAAAUGUCACAAACUCCUCUCAGAUUAUCUUGACAAGUUCAAACUGGCACCAGUCUUUGAUCUUGAGGAGUUCAAGCAUUGGUUCACCCCGAGGCCAAACAUCGUCAGCGCGUACGUGGCAGAGGUGGACGGUGUCCUGACGGACAUGAUCAGCUUCUACACCCUCCCUUCUUCCAUCAUGCACCAUCCAGUCCACAAGCAGCUCAAGGCCGCCUACGCCUUCUACAAUGUCACCACAAGGUCAACAUGGGAGACGCUCAUGCUGGAUGCUCUCACCCUAGCAAAACAGGAGGACUUUGAUGUAUUCAAUGCUCUGGAUCUGAUGGACAACAAGGAGUUCUUGGAGAAGCUCAAGUUUGGCAUUGGAGACGGCAACCUUCAAUACUACAUAUACAACUGGAUAUGUCCUACCAUGAAACCUCAAGAAAUUGGCCUUGUUUUACAAUAGUGGAAUGAUGACCAUAGUGACAUCCUAUCAAUAGAUUAUAGGUAAUUCUAGAGUGUACCCCAAGCCUUUAUAGACGGCAACUGCAAUGUAGCUUAUUUUGCUUUUUUUCUUGGCUACUAAGAGGUCCCAUGUUCUGCCAAUUGAGGUCAUGGUAUCGUUGGCAAAAUAUUGUAUUGUCUGAAGAACAUUCAACCAACUUCCUUUGGAAAAUCAUAUGUAGUAGGGGUUUUAGAGACCAAAUGGAAUCCAGCCAUUUGACGAGCCAUUUUGUGUUUUGUACAACCCUGUAGGCAAUUCCAUUGAUGUAUUAUGUGCAAGAUAAACCCUGUCGUAAUAUGCAGCAGCAGUACCAUUUUGACUGCCUUUAUAUACCUGGCAUUCUUCAAAGUGGACUGAAUAGACCUUUUUCAUAAAGUAAUCUUAACUCAAUGCACAAAUCUGUCAGUGCCUCGUUGCAAAUUGUUCCAUUCAUCUGUUAGGAAUAAUUAUAUUUCAAAAUUCAGAACGUAUAUUAUGGCUUGUCCUACCUAACAACACGUCAUGUAUGCAAUUUGCAUUCUGAAUAUUAGAAUAUAACUAUUUGUAACAGGUGAAUGAAACAACUUGUAACUAGGCACUCAAAAAAUUGUGCAUUAAAUUUGAUUACAUGACGAAAAGGUCUAUUCAGUCAUGGUUGGGCCCCAACCAACUGGGCGAAAUAGUCCACUGACUUAAUGGCAUGCCAAGAUUAAACUCUUGAUCCCAUCCAAAUCACUCUAAUUUCCCCUUUUAAUAAGACUUCAAUUUUAUUUUGUGACAGAACUAAGUUUUGUUACAAAUGGACAGCUUGACACUUGUACUCCAUUUGUAAGGGGAAGGGCAGCCAUGUUUUACAAAAACUUGUCCACUUUAAAGUAUCCAGACCAGUAGCAUCUAGAGCAGUCAGUAUGAUAAACAAUUAUUUUAACUUUAUGUACCAUGUUUUAAUCAGUCACAUAUUGGGUAUAUGGUAAUAAGGGUGAUUGCCCCGUAACUACCAAAGUAUAAGUUCCAUGUACUCGUAUUUAAUUCUUGUUCUCUUUCAAAAAGUGUUACAUUAUGCAUUACUUCAUUUACUUUUGAAUGUAUCUUUUCUACCUGUGUCUAUAAUAAUGGGGGAAUGUGUCGAUUAUCACUAAAUUAUUUUAUCCAAUUAUUGAGUUACCCAAAUAAAUCAUUUGCAGAAAUACACUCCAUGUACAGUGUAUUUAAUUCUUGUUUUCUUUCGAAAAGUGUUCCAUUAUGCAUUACUUAAUUUACUUUUGAAUGUAUAUUUUCUACCUGUGUUUACAAUAAUGGGGGGGAUCUGUUGAUCAUGCCAAAUUAUUUUAUCAAAUUAUAAAUUUAUCGAUACAAAUCAUUUGCAAAAAUUUCUUGCUAUUGAAAAAUAAAUCUUUUUCAACAUUGCAUUAUACAAAUGUAUAUUCCAUGCACUGAAUGUGUCUGAAAUAUUCUGUUAUUCUUUUGAAAAGUGGAGAAAGUGUUUUAUGUUAUGUAAUGAAUUUCAAAAUGGUAGUUCUGUGAUUUUUUUGUACAUUUGUGAUACAAUCCAAUUAGUGUCUUUUGCCAAAAUAUAAUUUGCUAUCCAUGCACAGUACAGUGUGCCAGAAUGACACAUUUAUCAUUAUAUGCAUUCACAUGACUAUUCAUUUUCUUGAAAAGAGUGGGCAAUAUCUUUGUGUAUAAUAAUAAUAAUAAUAAUAAUAAUACAUUUAUAGAGCGCAGAAUGAGCUCCUGAUAUAUUCAAUUCAAUUCAAUUUAUUUGGCAUUUAAACAAAAUAUGUAUCAUAAUUACAUUAUAGGCCAGGACCUCUAAGAAAACUUAUGCUUGUAAAUGAGGCUCCUAUCAAGUUGAACACAUUCUUUCAAAACAUACAGUUUUAAAACAGUGUUGUAGUCAAGUCUGGCCACGGCCUGGGACUGAGUAGCGGGUACAAAACCUUCGGACAGUAAAAUAUUUGUCAGAGGUCUUGUGAAUCAAAACUGCUAGCCUUGACUGCCUACCAGAUCCCUUUAGGAAUUGCACUGGUUCAGGGCACACUACAAGAGUCCUAUCUUGCACCUAUGGGCAACGUGUCUGACACGGCCGGUUGUAGCAACCACUCCGAAGAUCAAGAUUUAAUUUAGGAACUUGGAAUUUGAUCUUAUAUUUAUGUUAGGUAGAUAGUUUAGGAGACACGAACGAACAAACUGGUUUGAAACAUUGCUCAUAUCUUUAACUUAUGAUUGUCCAUGUAAUCAACAACUUUCAUGCAUACAUGAUGAUGUUUGGCAUAAAUCAAAGGGGUCAUCUCUUUCUUCCAAAUCCAUCAUCAUUUUCAUCCCCAUUGUUUGGUUUCAUCAUCAUAUGUGUGUCAUCAACAUCAUCACUUCAAUCAUUAUUAUUGUCAUCAUCAUCAUCAAUUCCUAUCAUAAAUUUUUACAACAUAAAAAAAAGACAUGAAUCCAACUCAAAUUCAAAACAUUGUAGUAGUAGUAGUAGGCCUACCCCAACCAAAACAUUGACCAAUGUCAGAUCAUGUGGAUCAAUUUCUGAAAGUGAUGCGGUGACUGGUGUAAGCAGUAGUUACAAUACUCAGGAGGGAACAUGUUAAUGUGAAAAGGACAUAGGUCCUAUUGCAUGAAAAAGUUGCAUUUGAUUGCAACUCAAAAAAAAAAAAGUAAAUGUAAGAAUACAUGAUCCUGAUAUGUUGAAUUUGUUUUGUUUUGUUUUUGUUUUUUACUUUUGAGUUGCUUUUAAAACUAAUUGAAGGGGUAUGGUGCUUUGAACAAUUCUUCUGCUACUUCUCCCAAUUAAGCAAGAGAGCAGCACAACAUAGAUUUCUUAAUCACUUUGAAAUCAUGAUGAUCAAGUUGAUGACUUGCUAAUAGUUCUUAUCAUCAGCAUAGUCAAUUUAAGAUAAAGCAUUGGUGAUAUAACGAUGAGUCCUGGGGGUGUUUCACAAAGACUUGUAGUAAGCAGUGUACCCUUUCCUCCCCCUUCUAUAGAAGAUCAUCUCAAUCAAGGUAAUAUUUGGCAAUUUUUUUUAAUUCUUGUGUUUAUACUCUUGGGGGGAGGGGGAAUUGGUGCUUUAAGAUUAUAAUGGACUCGGAUCAAUGGAUGGAAAAACAACACGUCUUCAGGAAUGUGUGGAAUAUGAAAAUUAAGAAGAAGAAAAGAAAUUUAUUGAAUGUUUUAAAGGAGAAUGUGUGUAGAACAUGGUUUAAAUGCAGUGCAGCAUUAGUUAGGAGGAUAUUAGAAAGUGUUUGAAAUUAAUUACUGGAAUGCAUAUGUGGAUUAUUUUUUUUCCAUUUGCGGCAAGCAUUAUAGCUGUAUCUAUUUGUCAUUUCUUUUCAUGUUUUCCCCUUAUUUCAACCCUAGAAGAAAAUAUCAGGAAUCCUUCUUCAGCAUUAACCUUUAAAUGUUUGAUGGAAAUUCAUAUUUGUACUCCCAGCUUUCAAUUUUGUUUUCUUACGUCUUUCUUUUUGUAUUGCUAUUUAGAAAUUAAGAUUGCAAUGUGUAAGAUCUUAUUUCAAGAUAAUGGUAAGUUGAUAAAUACAUAUUGUCACUGCAUAAUUAUCCACCUGCAUUAGCCAAUUUUUGCUUCUUUUUGAAAGCAAAUGUCCAAGUUUCAAGAAGAUUUUGUAUUUUUUUAAUGAAGUAGAUUCAUACCACCUAAUUUCCAAAUGCAAAUUCAUUUUAUGUGCCCCCCCCCCCCUUGCAUCUUUCACACACUUGCUCUCCUUUCUCUUUCUACUUUUCUACAUUUUUUCUUUCUUUUUCUUUCUUUUUCUUUCUUUUUCUUUCUCUUUCUUUCUCUUUCUCCUCUACCAUGACUCAUCUUUUCUUCCACACUGCACUUUUCAAUCUAACUAUUCUCUCCCCUUUUCUGCCCAUGGUAUGUUUAGUGGCAUGUACUUUUUGCAAAUCCAAAUAUUGACAGUAAUUACGAUUGUGUAAUUUGCAAAAAUAUGUCCAUAAUUUUAUUUGAGAUUAUUUAAUCCUUACAGUGCCACCAUGUCUACAAACUUAUACAGUUAUUUUCAGUCCAAAAAUAUUAAACAAUAUUAUAAUUUGGGCAUUAUAAAAAUAAACUGCCUGAUUGGAGCUGUAAGGAUUAAUGUACCGAAUGUUUACACGAUUACAAAAUAUGAUUUAUGCAUAUCUUUGUUGAAUAAGUCAUUAAAUAUCCUUACAUAUUAGAGGCCUUUGUGUCUUAUUAAUAGAGUAUGAUGGGGGCAAUUAUGUUUUGUCAUUAUAUACACAUGAAAUGUCCAUGUAUUUAAAAGUUUGAAAUUUGAUUGUAAAUGAAUUAAAUUGAAUAUAAAUGUUACCAUA